ACUUCCGGUUCCGGCGGGCGGUGCUCGGGGCCGCGGCUUCCCGGAGCCACGAUGCCGCUGCACAAGUUCCCGGUGCACCUGUGGCCGCUGUUGCGGCUGCGCGAGGGCCUCGGCUCCCGCCUGCCCGCCCACUAUCUGCGCUCGCUGCAGGACGAGCCGGCGCCCGCGCCCGUCCACUACCGGCCUCACGGGGCCCGGUUCAAAGUCAACCCCCGGAACGGGCAGCGCGAGCGCGUGGAGGACGUGCCCAUUCCCCUGUACCGGCCCCGCGAGGCCCAGCUGGGGCUGUGGGGCGGCGAGGGCUGGAUUCUGGGCCAGCGGUACGUCAACGACGACAAGCUGUCCAAACGAGUAAAGAAGGUGUGGAAGCCACAGCUGUUCCAGCGGGAGCUCUACAGCGAGAUUCUGGACCGGACCUUCACUGUCACGGUGACCUCGCGCACCCUGGACCUCAUCGACGAGGCCUUUGGGUUUGACUUUUACAUUCUCAAGACCCCCAAGCAGGACCUGUGCUCCAAGUUCGGGAUGGACCUGAAGCGAGGUAUGCUGCUGCGGCUCGCCCGCCGGGACCCCCAGCUGCACCCUGAGGAUCCCGCCAGGAGGGCUGCCAUCUAUGACAAGUACAAGGACUUCACCAUCCCCGAGGCAGAGGCUGAGUGGGUAGGGCUGACGCUGGUGGAGGCUCUGGAGAAGCAGCGGCUUCUGGAGGAGAGGGCUCCUGUCCCGCUGUUCAAGGUCUACGCAGAGGAGCUGAUCCGGCGGCUUCAGCAGCAGGCACUGUUGGAGCCAGCGCUGGUGACGAAGAGGCCCAGCAGAAAGUGACAUGAGAGGCUGUCCCACCCCAGACAGCCAUGGGGAGCCGUUCUCGUGCCUGCUCCAGCAUGGCAGUGCUUGAUGGAGACUCCCCACACCCCUCUCUCAGGCAGGGAGUACAGCCAGAGCUGUCCUGGCGCUGUGCGCUGCUGUUCCAGCACCAGUCACAGGACCUGGACAUGGCAGAGACGGUGGUCCAGGCAGCUGGGCACUGGGGCCAGGGUCACUCUGGUGUUUUCAAGAGAGUCUGUCCUAGUGGUCGGUUUCCUGUAGUGAGGCUAGAUGGUGCUUGCCCUUCCAGUUUAGCAUCCUUCCUGUUCUAGAACAUUCUCCCAAGCAAAGCAACUGGCCAACGUCUGAGAGUGGUUCUACUGUCUGCCUACAUGCUCUCCAAGGCCCAGACACUGGCAGCGGUGCUGGACAUGGACAGUCUGGGGCUGGGGAGCCUCUGCCUGUAAUGGAGUCUGGCUGCAGGUGUAAGGCUGGCCAGUCCCCCCACAGCCCUCUCUGCUCCAAGUUGGGGCUCCAGAUGACCCUUCCCCAGAAUCCCAAACACUGAGAUCUCUUCUGACCUCUCUGGGGACAGGGAACGCUUCUUUGGACUGUUUUUGUGACAGAUCAGGUGGGGCCCUGGAAGCAACAGCACUUGGUUUUGAGGAUGAGGGCUGGAGGGAGUUCCUUUGAGCCAGAUCCCUGGGGUAGUGUCAAUGUCUCCUCACAGCUGGGGGACACGGAGCAGUUUCCAGCUCCAGCCAGGGGUACCUGCUUUUCAUGUUUUGUCACGUGAAAUUGACCCAUUAGGAGUUUUACCAAAAGGAAAUGAUGCUCGUUCUUGCCAGCCCAGGUCUGAUGGUGGCCAGCGGUGCCCAGACUGUUCACACUCAGCCCCCUCAGUACUGACUUGGUUAAACAGAAGGCACCAUUCCACUCUGCCCACUGCCUUCACUGGGGGGUGAUCCACGACCACCUCAGUUCCUUCAUCAGCUCCUUCCCUCUUCCUCAACUACUCUUUCAGCCAUAUUUAAAGCUGUAGGUUAGGAAAUAGCAGAGAGGGCUCUAGCCUUGCAGCCAAUCCAGCUUCGUUCCCCAGCACCACAUAACGUCCUCCCUGCCCCACCAGGAGUGAUCCCCAAGCAGAGCUAGACCCUCUGCGCUGCCAGGUGUGGCCUAAAAAAGCCUUAAAAAUAAAAUAAAGCUUCUUGGUGGAAGGAACUUCCACUCUGA